AUGGGGGGGAUGGUUGGUUUGGGGGGGGUGUUGGGUAGGGGGGGGGGGGUUAUUAAGGGGGGGGAAUAUGGGGUGUUGGGGGUUAGGGGGGGGGGUGUUUGUGGGUUUGGGGGGGUGGGGGGGGGGGGGGUGGUUUUGGGGUGUGGGGUUAUGGAUUUGUGGUUGUUUGGGGUGUGGGGGGGGUUUUUGGGGGUGAUUUAUUUGAUGGGGGGGGUGUGGUGUGGGGGGGGUGGGUUGGGUGGGUGGUUUUGUGUUUGGGGGGGGGAGUUUGUUGGUAUGUUGAUGGGGGUAGGGGGGGGUGUGGGGGUUGGGGGGGGGGGGGGGUUGUUUGGGGGGGGGGUGGGGGGGGGGUUGGAGGGUGGGUUGUGGUGUUUUUGGGGGGGGGGGUGUUGUGUUGGGGGGGUGGUGGGGGGGUUAGGGGUAGUGGGGGUUUUAUUGGGGGAGGUUUGUGGGGUGGGUUUGGGGUUGAGUAUUUUUUGGUGGUGGGGGGGGGGUGGGGGUGUGGUGGGGGGUGUGGGUUGGUGGGUGUUUUAUGGGGGUGUUUUUGGUUGGGGUUGUGUUUGUGUUGUGUGGUGGGUGGGGGUGGGGGUGGUUUGGUGGUUGUUGUUGUGUUGGGGGGGGUUGUGGGGGGGGGUUGUGGGGGUAGGGGGGGGGUGGUUAGGGUGGUGGUUGGGGGGGGGGUGGUGGGUGGGGGGGGGUUGUGUUGUGGUGUGGGGGUGGUGUGUUGGAUUGUUUGGGUGGGGUGGUGGUGGGGUGUUUAGGGGUUGGGUUGGUGUAGUUGGUGGGUGGGGGUUUUUGGGGGUUGUUGAGGGGGUGGGGGGUUGGUGUUUAGGGGGGGUUUGGGGGGGGGGGGUGUGGGGGGGUUGGGGAUGGGGUUUGUUUUUUUGUGUGGGAUGGAUUAGGGGAUGGAGGAAGGAGUGGUGGGUGUUUGAUUGUGAUUUUUGUUGGUUGUGGUGUUGGAUUGUUUGUUGUGGGGGUUGGGGGGUGGGGGGGGGGGGGGUUUAUGUGGGGGUUGUUUUGGUUUUUUUGGUUUGUGUGUGGGUGUGGAUUUGUUUGGGGUUGGGUGUUUGUGGGGGGGGGUUUAUAAAUAGUUUUGGGUUUGGGGUGGUUUGGGGGGUGUUUUGGGGGGUGGUGGGGGUGGUGGUGGGUGUGGUGAGUGUUUGGUUGGGGGUGGGUGGGUGUGGUUUUUGUGUGGGUGGGGUGUUUGGUGUUUUUUGUUGUGAUUGUGUUGUGGGGGGGGGGUUGGGUGGGUUGUUUUUGGGGGUUAGGGAUUGUUUUUGUGGGGUUGGUUUGGAAGGGUGUUAUUUUGGGGUGAAGAGUGUUUGGGUGUGGGAUUGUGGAGAGUUAGGGUAG